AGGGUACAAGGCAUCAUAGAUGGAAAUGUGCUUGGAGCACAGAGUAUUUUAGGAAAAACUUUAGAAGCUGUUUGGAAAGAUGCAUUCGUUCUUUAGUGCCUUAAUAUGAAUGUUUCCCCUUGAAUGCUUAUCUCUCUAUACGUCAGAUUGGAAGACAGGCAUUGCUUUAGAAAAUGUCUUGUCCUCGGUGAAUGGAUUUGAAAAGUUAUACUAAUUGUUUAGCGUAGGGAAAAGAAAAUAAGGCGAAGUGUGGUUGUAGUUAUGGUUUUGUAUUGGAGGCUUGUUAUGGUGGGUGGAUGACAGUCAUCCUCAUAAAGGUGGUUUGUGGCUAAACCAGUCAUGUUCAGUAGCGUUCACGUGUAUGAUGCUGCUUUUUGCUUGCUUAUCUCUCUCAGCUGGUUGCUCAAAGCAAACAAGAGGUCUAGUUGUCAGCCCUUGGAUUAAUAGUUCGUUCCUCCCCUGUGUGGCUCAUUAAGAGUAUCUGAAAAUAAAUUGUGUAGAGGUUUGGAACAUAGGAGUUUUGCCGUAGAAAUUUUGCUUCCUGUAAGUUCAAGGAAAGUAAGUUAAGGUAUGCUUUUCAGGGAGUGCAAGUCUCUUCAUUGGCAGGGUGAUUGCCUCAGUAACGUCUCUUGGUUCAUACAUCUACUUAACAUCAAUAGUAUUGUUAAUAUAAUGAUAGUACAUGGUUUCUCUGUUCCUUCUCAGUGCCAAGAUAUGAAAUCAAAAAAAGCAAAUGUAGACUGGGGGAAGAUCGGUGUGAUGUGAAGGAUUUGAGUCUUCCUUGGUUAAGAUGUACUUCAAAUUAAAAAGGGAUAAAGUGUGCCAGUCACUCUGUGUUAUUCUAAAGCCAGAUAUUCCAGCUUUUGUGUUCUCACUGCUGUUCAUAAUUCCCAAAGACAAUUAGGAGAAAUGAAGGCCUGAGCCUGCAGUUUUUCUGUGCGGGAGUAGGUCUGCCUAGCUGGAAUAAGCUGCAACAUUGAAGCCUAAGGAGGGAAUGAAACAAACAAUUGUGCGAUUGUGUUCCAACAGCCUUUGCAAAUAAGGGGAUAAUCUUUGAGGAGUUAACUGUAGUUUUUUUGUUGUGAGGACAAUUGGUACUGUUUUCCCGGUAGGAUGUUGUGUUAGGCUAUUGUUCUUUUCAGUGUGGAUUUAUUUAGCUGAACUAUAAACUCUGUAGAGCAGUAUCUAAAAUAAUUUUAACAAAGCAUUUUGUAAACUCUGCCUUUUUUUUUAAGGCAGCAUUCAUGUUUGUCUUUCAUGUGCCACUGUGAAUUGGUUUGCAGGCUUUUUAUUUAGUAAGCAAAUUACUGAGGAGAUGAAUGUGUAGGCAGCAGAUUAGCACAGAAUUUUUGAGGUGCCUAUGACUCCAAAAGUGUGUGGCUUUUUAAAAUUGUGAGCAGAUGUAGAUGUUUUUCCCCUAACGUUGGUGCCUACCCUAAAGUCAAUUUCUUUUUCAUCACAAUAUGUGGCCAGUUCAUUUUCCUUUCUUUUGCAAGUUGCCUUUUCUUGCUUAUUUUUAGCCGAAGUGAAAUUCAAGGAGUGAUCUCUGUUCUGUUCCAGUUUGGAUACUGAGGUUGUUGGAUCAUUUUGGAGAUGUCAGAGCCGUGAGAAGAGGUGCUGUUGAUGUAAACUCCCUCUGCUGGUUCAUUUUGCAGCAGAAGUAAAGCUUUGUGUUGUAUAAUUGUGUAUCUCUGCAUCAUGCAGCAGAAAUUAACAGUUGAGAGGUGGCAUGCAGUGUUUCCAAAAGCAACUCGGGCAACCAGUUUAAGCUCAGAGGUUUUGUACUCAUAAGGUUUUUAAUUACAUUUAGCUUAAGAUCUGGGUGUUGAUACAUGACGGAUACUCCUCAGAGCUGCUGCUGCCUUGUUACACACAGAAUCUGAGCAAUAGCCUGAAGCUAAUAUAUUGAGAGAGCUAUUAGCAUGCAGAUUAAAAUACCUCGACCGCUUGGGGCUCCAUCUGGUACAUUUGCUCUUACAAACGUCUCAGCUGAGGUGCAGCCCUUGUCCAGUGUGUGAUGUAGCAGAGUCCUAUCAAGAAAAGUAAAUAACCUUAGGUGUGUGGGACUGACACACUGCAGGAAGGGUGAGGGAAGGACGCUGGCUUUCUUUGUGGCCUGCUUGCGGUGCCACGUCUGGAGUCUCCUGGAUCAUCAGCCUUUCGUGGCAAGGAUUUGCCCAGAAGAAACUUCCCACAUGCCUGUGCCCCCCAGAUUCAGGCAAAUGUUGCGUAGGAAUGAAGCGUGAGUGUGGUUAGUGUGAGGGGUCAGUCACAGUAUCAGAGAGCAUCUGCUCUUCUGGGAAGUGUGCAGUAUGUCUUACAGGAUCCUACAGUCAAUUUGGUUUCAGUUUUGUAACACUGAGUGACUUUACUGAUACCUCCGUUUACAGUCCUAUGUUUAAAAAUAGAUUUCUCAAAUACUUUUUUCCUCACUUGUAGUUUGUUUUUUUUUCCUUCCUGUGACUGCCAGAACUUUUAUUGGACAGCUGGGAAAUUGACUGGGGUUGUUAAGGAAUCUUGUUUUAGAGAGAAAAAGGUGGUGCUUCUACCUAGGUGGAGCAUUUGUUUUCUGUGGAAAAUGAAGAAUAAAUAGUUAAAUCAGCUUUCUAUGCACAAUUACAGUUAAGAAACAGUAGUCAGUAUAUAAGGCCCAGAGCUUUCAGGUUUGUAUGUAAUUUCUCUCUCUUUGACAAAAGGAUAAGGGAAAACAGCUGCUGUUGCUGCCAUAGAAAUGUUGAAAGCCAGUGAUGAUAGGUACUCCAGCAAAUAGCAGAAUCUAAGAACAGUAGUUAACAUUUGAAGAGUGGGGAAAAAAGCAUCUUUGAGGGGAAACAGUGCAUAUUACGUAGAAGGCAAGAGACUGUUUUCUGUUGUUUGUUUGGUUUAAGGAUUUUUGUGAACCUUCAUUUGUUGCUAAAUCCUGGAUAGAGUUUAGGAUUGAGAUUUAAUAAAGAAGCAAACUUGCCAGUGGCAGGUGAGUUGUCCUUAAGAACCUUUUGAGGAAAAUCCCUGAGAUAACUGUAGAACUGUAGUAGCAGUUGAAAUGGCUGAAAAUAUACAGUGUGGUUUUGGGAAAAGCAAUGUUAACACCUGUUAACAAUUGUAAGGAUCUUCACCUGUGGAUGGAGGUAAUUGCUUGUAUCUCCAAUUUGGGAAGUCUUGUGUGCUUGAAAGCUUUUAUCUGUCAGUAUUAGUUUGACAAGAUGUCAGGUUGAGCUGUGAGGUGUGGGAAGUGCAGCAUAACUUGCAUAAGUUUUGGAAGUGCUUGGAAAGGUUUUGUCAAAGAGCAGUGAUUAACUGAGUCAUACAGAGCCGAAGAGAAAGCAGUCAAAUGGAUUAGAGACCUAGUGCACAGAUCAGGAAGGGAGAGAAAAGGCAGCACAUGUUACCCUUACUACUUUUAGAGUAGAAUAGGUUCUCUGGGUGCUGUAAAGCUUGUCAGUUGGCUAGGAUAUUCUCUGGCAAAAUAACACGUUGUCUUCCUGUCUUCACAGGUUAUGUUGAAAAUUACUUCAGUGGAGAAAAUAAUUUUCUUAAAAUCCAGGUUGACUCGUUUGUGCUUUGGCAGUUGUAUAUUACAUGAGGCAAGUUAAAUAGGUGAAGUCAGAAGGGACACUUCCUUGGUCUGCUCAAAAGAACAAGUAAUUGCUGCCUUGUUUUAAUUGAUUGAUAGUGUCAUAUGUUAAAAGACUUGCCAAGAUGAGCAAUGUCCUCUUGCUUGUAGAGGCGUCAUGACACACAGCAGCAUCAUGGUGGACGUAGGCAAGUGGCCAAUAUUCACCUUACUUUCCCCCCAAGAAAUCGCUUCCAUUCGGAAGGCGUGUGUGUUCGGGACGUCGGCCAAUGAAGCCAUUUACAUCACGCACAACGACGAGGUAUUUGUUUUUGGACUGAAUUGCAGUAAUUGUUUGGGAACUGGAGAUAAUCAGAGCACAAUAGUACCAAAGAAGUUGGAAGCCUUAUGUGGAAAGAAGAUCUCCAGUCUCAGUUAUGGAAGUGGGCCCCAUGUUGUUCUUUGUACUGAAGAUGGCGAAGUGUAUGCUUGGGGACAUAAUGGUUACAGCCAACUUGGAAAUGGCACAACCAAUCAGGGCAUUACUCCUGUUCAAGUUUGCACAAAUCUCUUAAUAAAGAAAGUGGUGGAAGUAGCUUGUGGCUCUCAUCAUUCCAUGGCUCUCUCAUUGGAUGGGGAUCUGUACGCUUGGGGCUACAAUAACUGUGGUCAAGUUGGAUCUGGAUCUACAGCCAACCAGCCAACUCCUCGCAGAGUUUCCAACUGCUUGCAGGGUAAAAUUGUAGUUGGCAUCGCUUGUGGCCAGACCUCCUCCAUGGCUGUAGUAAACAAUGGUGAGGUUUAUGGCUGGGGUUACAAUGGCAAUGGGCAGCUCGGCCUGGGGAACAACGGGAACCAGCUGACACCGUGCAGAGUGGCAGCACUGCACAGCGUCUGUGUGCUCCAGAUUGCCUGUGGCUAUGCGCACACUCUAGCACUAACAGAUGAGGGCUUGCUCUAUGCCUGGGGAGCUAACACUUACGGGCAGCUGGGGACUGGCAAUAAAAGUAACCAGCUCAGCCCUGUGCAGAUCAUGAUGGAAAAAGAAAGGGUGGUGGAGAUCGCCGCCUGCCACUCGGCGCACACGUCGGCGGCCAAGACGCAGAGCGGCCAGGUGUACAUGUGGGGGCAGUGCCGGGGCCAGUCCGUCACCUUCCCCCACCUCACCCACUUCGCCUGCACGGACGAUGUGUUCGCCUGCUUCGCCACCCCUGCCGUCAUGUGGCGCCUGCUCUCCGUAGAACAUGAAGACUUUUUAACAGUAGCAGAGUCUCUGAAGAAAGAGUUUGACAGCCCAGAAACCUCAGACCUGAAGUUCCGUGUGGAUGGAAAGUACAUCCAUGUCCACAAAGCUGUUCUGAAAAUCAGGUGUGAACACUUCAGAACCAUGUUCCAGUCGUACUGGAACGAGGAUAUGAAGGAGGUGAUAGAAAUAGACCAGUUUUCCUACCCUGUGUAUCGUGCCUUCCUCGAGUACUUGUACACGGACAGUGUCGACCUCCCGCCUGAAGAUGCAAUAGGGCUCUUGGAUUUGGCUACUUCAUACUGUGAAAACAGACUGAAAAAACUGUGUCAGCACAUUAUCAAGAGAGGAAUUACUGUGGAAAAUGCAUUUUCAUUGCUCUCUGCUGCUGUCAGAUAUGAUGCAGAGGACUUAGAGGAAUUCUGCUUUAAGUUUUGUGUCAAUCAUUUGACAGAAGUGACACAAACUACAGCAUUUUGGCAAAUGGAUGGUCCCCUGCUAAAGGAAUUUAUUGCUAAAGCCAGUAAAUGUGGAGCCUUUAAGAACUGAAAAAAUGAGGCCGUAAGUCAAGGUGUCUGUGGGGUUCUUUUUCCAGCUACAAGGUAACUGUGUGGGUCCAGGCAAGUGUUAUGUGGUCUCUUCCACCACAGAAACUGAAAGGCCACAGUGAAAACAAACGUUUUCAGUGCUCAAGAGUGAACCGUUGUAAAAAUGUCAAGCAAAAUACUCACUUGCAUUUAACAAACCUGGAUGGUCGAUCCAGCUCAAGAUUUCAGGCAGAGAGGAAACGCUGCAAUGUGCAAAGGAUUCCGGCCGGUGUUCCGGACUUGCCUUUCCAGCCUAGGAAAUCUCCGUUCUAGCACCGCCUGCUCGUAUCUGCAAUUUACUGUUUGGGGUUGGAAAAUAGUCUGACCUGAGCCACUGAAUGAUGUCACUUAAAUCAUUAACUCCCUGGGAUUAUAGAGAAGCAAAUGGCAUGGUUAUCUCUUGCUGCAUUUGCAUGAUUGUGAAUGAAUUGGCCAUUUGCUGUGUGUAGUAAUUAACCAAGUGUAUCCAGUGCUUCAAGUGUGCAAAAAUAACGUAUCUUCAAAGCCUACGCAAGUGACUUCGAAGGAAGGAGUUACUAGGAAAAUUAAUUUGAAGUAAAUCUCUAUAUUUGGGUAUAUUUUAAUAUAAGUUGUACCGUGUACUUUGUGGAAUCUGUUCAAGCAAUAUUUAUAAUGCUUAAUGGAAAUAAUUCCACUCUUCAGUGACUUCAGAUUACGUUGGUUCCCUCAGAGGGAGAAGGGAAAGCUGGGUGGGAUUUUGCUUUUAAUUAUUGUCUAAAUUUAAACUACAUGUAAUAAAAUUACUUUUUUGUACCUC